AUGAUUAAAACCGAAGAACAUAUGGAAACGGCUUCUUCCAUGGUGGAUGCUAGUGAGGAGCAAGGGAUUAUCGUUGGUGGUGGUGGUGGUAGUAAUCCUUCCGGUGGUUACCACUAUCGCCCUCUUUCGUCAAACAUCGUAAUGGCUUCCGCGCACAUCAUAGAGAAUCCGGCCCUGCAGCAGCAACAGGACGACGGACGGAACUGUGGUCCAAUGAUGACCCACCCCUAUCAUCACCAUUCUUCGUUUCAUCAUCACGUCCAGCCGGUGUCGCAUCACCCGCAGGCCCACGGCCAUUUCCAACCUCACCAUCAGCAUCAUCACCUGCACCAGCAGCACGGGCAAGGUAUCGACGUGAAGGACGAGAUGGACGACCGUAACGUAUCGCCGCCGGGCAUCGGUGCGGUGGCGUAUCCGGGCAGCCUGGAACUAAAGCUCGAAGGUGACAGUGGCAAGAUAUCGUCGAUGUAUCAUCAUCACCAUCAUCCCCAUCAUGCGUUCGACAAGCUGCCCUCCUACUACAUCAACCACCGUUCGCCGUACCUUAUCUCGCAGAUAAACGAUCCCGAGCUGCCUGCGGGGGAUAGUGCCGGACCGGGCGCGGAAUGUCUCCGUGGCGCUCCCGGUGCCUACCUGCUGGAAAGCUCGAUCAAUACGCUCAAACUGUCCGGGGAAUCGAUGGGAGCGGGCUCUCCCUCGGUAAUGAUGAGCUACGGAGGAGAUCUGGCGAUCGGAUCGCUGGUGGGGCAGCAACGGUCACGCAGCAAUGGCAGCAGCGCUAGUGCUGGCAAUGUGUCACCAACUUCCUCCACGAUCGUUACGAAUCCGUUCGUAGUGCAGCAACAGCAACAUCAGCAACAUCAGCAGCAUCAGCAACAUCAGGAUCAACAGCACCACACGCAGCAUUAUCAUCUGCACGCGCACCACCAACAGCUGCACGAAUCCGGCGGUCUGAGCGAUUCCGUCGGUAGUGUCUGCACGAGCCAACGCACCGAGAACAACGCCGUCGGGAUGGGCGGUGGCCAGCAGCAUUCGGUACAAGCGACCAGCAGUACAAGCGGUGGCCACAUAACGAUAGCGGACGUGUCGCUUCACCUGCCCAAAUCCACAUCCGUAUCACCGGUGUCCCAUCUUGGAUCACCGUGCUCCACAUCGAUCACUCCUCCGGUCUCGGUGGCGAGUUCCACCGGUGGCACGAAUGCCAGUCGGAAAAGUGGAACCAGCACCAGCAAUGGAACGAACGGUGGUGGUGAGCAACAGCUCAGCAGCACGACGGGAAAUGGAACAACCGGUGGUGGUGGAGGUGGUGAAGGACAGAAGAAACCGAACGGAGGCCGUCGGCAGGAGAAGCCACAGCUUAGCUACAUCAACAUGAUCGUGAUGGCGAUCAAGGACUCACCGCACCGGCGUCGAACGUUGAGUGAAAUCUACAAGUAUCUGCAAUCGAAGUAUGAAUUUUUCAACGGAGAGUACAACGGUUGGAAGAACUCGGUUCGACACAAUCUCAGCCUGAACGAAUGCUUCAAGAAGCUGCCGAAGGAGUGUGGCAAACCGGGCAAGGGUCACUACUGGACGAUCGAUGCAUCCGCCGAGUAUAUGUUCGAGGACGAGGGUAGCUUACGGCGCCGCCCGCGUGGCUUUCGGCGAAAGCAGCAGCUGAAGGGGUACGGUGCCGGCAGUGCCUUCUAUCCGGCCGGUAACACCGGGUACGAGCUGACCGAACUGUCCGGCGGUUAUCUGUCGCAACCGUACGGUGGUUAUGCGGACUAUGCCAGCAUUCCACCUCCCGCGUCGGUCAUCGGCCAAGGACCGACGGGUAGCAGCGGAGGUGGUGGCAGCGGUGGAGGUGGAGGACAUCAAACGGGUGGCUAUCCGGAGACACAUUCAUCGGCAACCGGUACCACUUCCUGGCACUAUCCGGCCGUGGAUGGUUUGAGCCAGUAUUCGAAGAUAACCCACACGUCGCUGCACGAACAGGCGCUACAGACGCCGGGAUCGCCCGGACAGCAAACGACCGGAGCGGGUGUGCUGGAGUAUGGCAAUUACGCGUUCACCAAUGCGGCAUCACCGUACGGACUCGAUGCUGGUUUAAAAAUAGCCUCUCUCUCACAAAUGGCGCCUCCACCUGUCUCAGUUCCGACCUCCUCAACACCAACCGGAUCGUCAACAGCGGGCACGACACCAUCCCACAACACUGGCGGCUCCCCAACGCUGGGUUCCAUGAUCCUUGCGAGUUCGGGCCCAAUGGCGGGCAACAAUGAAGCACAAACGAGCGUUGUGAUCGUUGGAAGUGGCGUGACGGAAAGCGAAGGCCCUUCGAUGGACUGUAAAGCGGACGUGUACGGCGCCGUAACUGUCGGCCAUUCGAUGCUUGCCAAUGGAACCUCACCGGGCGGUGGAACGGUCUCGAGCACUGCAGGGCAACUGCAUCAACACAACCUAAACGGUGGUGGCCAUCAUCAUCCUCAUGCUCACCUGCAAACGCAUCACCAUCCCGGGCAUCACUCGCAUGCGCCCCAUCAUUUGCAUCACCACCAUCAUAGCAACCAUCUUAAUCUGGCUGCGCCGUACUGAAACCCGCGAUGAUCGCCAUGGCGAACGAUGAUGAUGGCCCAGGUGAGACCCGGUCGGCCAUCUUGAAUGUGAAUAAUGGAACGCAGGUGAAUGAGAGAAAGAGAGAGAUAGACAGAAAGGGAAACGAAGCGAGUGAGUGAGAUACAAUGGAAGACAUACACAUGGGGUGGGAAAAAAGGCGUUACAGAAAAAU